AUGAACAUAACAAUGUGGCACGUAAGGUUGUUAAACACACCCUUCAACCCCAAGGUUGUUUAUGAUGGACACCCAACAUUGUUUACCAUUAAGUUGUACCAUGGAGGUGAGUUCACCAAGUACCCUGAUGUUCGUUACAUUGAUGGAACUGUAAACUAUGUUGACAUGGUAGACAUAGAUGAGUUUUCAGUUCAUGAGCUCGAUGCAAUCAUGAAGGGUUUUAGAUAUGGGGUUCCUCCUGUUAUAUACUACCAUUUUCUUGUGCCUGGUGGAGACUUCCACUUUGGUCUUCGCCCUUUAGGAAAUGAUCAAGAUGUUGCAAACUUUUCUCAAUAUGUCAGUGAGCACAAAGUGAUGAAGGUAUACACAGAGCAUGGUGAAACAAGACUACUCACCUAUUUCUUGAAUCCUAAGCCUGUUACCAAGGUUACCCUUGUACAGUUAGAUGAACCACAUGAGGAUGUGCAACACAUUGAUGAAGCUCCUGAUGACCAAUCAAAGGAAACACCUAUGAUGACUAAACCUACUGAUAAUUUAGUUGAUGUGGUUCCCACUCAAGCAAACCAACCUGAAAUCCAAGUUAAUGAAAUAGUUCAAGUCGUAUCCUUAUCACCUGGAUAUAAUAGGAGAAGGGGUAUGAGCAAAGACUUUGGUGAGGCAGCUACUGAUUUUGAUAUUGGACUCUACCAACAAAUACUACAAAGCAAUGUUGAUGGAGUCAAUGGCACUAACAUGCAUGAUGUCAAUGAACCUCAGAUGGAUGAAGAAAUCCAACCUCAAAUGGAUGAAGAAAACCAAGCUCAGAUGGAUGAAGAAAACCAACCUCAAAUGAAUGACUUUUGGGAUUUUGACUAUCAAACUGAUGCUUUUGUCCAAGAUGGAAGUGAAAACCAACCUCAGUCUAACAUGGAUAGUAGUGGAAAAGAAAAUGUAAGUGAGGUUGAAAGUAAAGAAAGAAGUGAAACAGAGCAGGAAGAUGAUAGUGAUGAUAGUGAUUAUUGGGUGGAUGAAGAUAAUGUAAUUGAAGAUAUUGAAGUUGAUAUGAGGGAUUUUAACAUGAGCAUUGAUACAGAAGUAGAGUUCUUAGAUAAAAGGGCUAGGAAUCCUAGACAACAUGAGAGUGAUGAAGAAGCAGAUGAGUUAGAUGUCAUUGACAAUGAUGCUUUUGAUUCCAUGGAUGAGGAUUCUGACCAGGACAGGAAGAGAAGAGCAGUUUUGAAACAACUAAGUAAGGAAAAAAGUUGUUCUUUAGGUGAGGUUCAUAAGUGUCAUUUUAAAAAUAGGUCAAAAGUAUAA